AUGAUGCUCACGUACAUUUUCUACCGCAUUACAGUGUUCAUCUUUCAGAUCUCGAGCAGUAGGCAUACACCUGCGUAUGCACAGCAAACCACUGAACGAAUACGAUCAGGCAGUGGACAACAACAGAGAGAAAAAUACCAGAACAGUUCCGCAGAGUCAAGGAUCAUACGCAAUCUUACCAAAUAUCAAUACCACACGAAAGAGCCCUCAACGCAAAGGAACACGUGGGGCCGAUCGUUCCGGAAGAUUUAUCGCGAACUCGUCGAGAACGACGAUGAGACACCGAUAGAUUACGAAGAAAUUCAGCGUGAAGAAGUGCUUGACGUGCACGGAAAUGACGCAAUGCGCUGGAAUGCUCAACGCUUGCAAGAAGUCAGAAGAUGCGAAGAAUUUGUGAAGUCACCAAUUGAAACAUUGAACAAACGACAAAAACCAAUUCUGACACCAAUUCGGGUGGUAAUUGAAGAAGAAAUACCGCUCGAUGACGUUCAUGCCAGGUCAACAAGCAGCAUUCCGAACGACUGUCAUAUGGAAAGAGUGCAUAAAAAUGUUUUAUUUCAUGAGAAGCAAUAUCACGAAAUUGGAACCGUCAACGAAAAGACUGCCACUAAGAAACUUUCGACUGCUGAAGAGAUGAAUCGAUCGCGAUCACCCAAUACCUCACCUUCUACAAUUCCACCUCCGCCUCCUCCACUGCCCCGGGCCUUUUUAGCUGGAUCAUACUCUCAACAGUUGCACAGUUCAAAA